CGAUAGCUAUAGACAGCCAAGAUGGCUGAAAAAGAUCAUAGCAUUGCGGCUUAUGGGAGUCGAAAGUAUUUUUAUUAGUAUAAAUGCAUUUAAUCACAUGUAACUUCUAAAGUUGUUCAAAUUAGAGAAAAUGAUAUUCUGUACAUUUUUUCGCAAGUUUUAAAUUAUGUACGUCUCGGUGUAAUAUUUAAAAUCAUGUUUUUGAAUCAAAAUUGAGGUUAAGCACGCUCGUCUGCUACAUGUCUGCUACGCGUUUGCUCCGUUUUGCUAAGCGUCGCGUCGCGUCCUGCAUUAUUGUGCUUGUGCAGUGUUGAUAAAAUUUAGAAACAAUGCCAAAAUCAAGAGAGUAUUGCUGUGUACAAGGAUGCAAUAGUGUAUCUGGUAAAAAUAGCAGUCUAACUUUCCAUAAAUUCCCAAAACCUCAAAAGCAAAUAGUGUUGAAAACAAACUAUUUUGGAGCAGUAGAACAAGUAGAUUGGUUAGUUGAAUGGAGAAAAGCCUUGAAGAUUAGCACGCCACAUCCAAGAAUGAGAGUAUGCUUUCUGCAUUUUAAGCAUGAUGAUUAUGUAACACCUGAUUAUCCAGGUAGCCAUAGAAUUUUGGUAAAAUCAGCUGUGCCAUCACUCAAUCUUCCUGUUACCCCAAAAGAAAAGGAAAAUUUAUCAAGAAAUGAAGCACGUCUGAAUCGAAUAAUUCAGAGAAGUUUAGCUCAUAAUUGCAGCAUUUCUACCAUCGAAUAAGAAUGAUGUGCAAGAUAAUGAAAACAACAUUCUUGAAGAUAAAGAGGAAUCAGCUGUGAACGAAGAAUCUAGUGCAGUUAAUAAUCAAUCAGCUGUGAAUGAAGAAUGUAAUGCAUUUGAUAAUCAAACAGCUGUGAACAAGGGAUGUGAUGUUGUUGAAAGUAAAUCAACUGUGGUUCCUGAAAGUGAAGUGUCAAUGAGUCAAGAUCCUGUACGUGCAUUGAUUGAAAAAAGUAAUAAAAAGAAAGAAGUGAAUUAUAGUUUCAGUGAUACAUUGGACACGGAUGAAAAAAUGUGUAUUGCUACUGGAAUUCCAACCAUUCACAUCUUGGAUACCAUUGUCAGUAUGAUAAAAAACGUUCAUGGUGAUAGAUUUCAAAAGUGCAAAUUGAAAACUCGUGACAGAGUUAUUUUAAGUUACUAGACGUGGCGCAGUGCGCUGCGCGCACUGUAGUAGACUAUAAUUUCAUUACUUAUUAAAUGGAAUAUAAAUACUUGAUUGAUAUUUUUAAUAUUUGUUUUC